AUGGCCUCCGCCGACCCAGGUCUCUCCGCCCUCUCCGCCCUCUCCGCCCCCGCCGAAGACCCUCUCCACGGCGACGUCGAGAAGCUACCCAAUGGCGAGCUCGUCGAAGAAGACCACCCAGUCGCCCCCGACCAAUUCGAUCCACAGUACGAGACUUCAAAGUACGAAAUCUGGUCAUACUAUUCCUACUACAUCGGCAACAACGGCCUCACCCUGUUCAACUUUGCACCCACAGCCGCGCAGAACCUCCUCAGUCAAGCAGCCGUACAGAGAGGAGGAGAAGGAAAUGAGAUCUUAUCUUUUGCGGGGUCAGACAGGACAAUCAAUUCGAUCAUUCUGCUUUGCAACGGUAUCUCGUUCGCGAUUCAGAUUGUCGUUUUCCUCAUUCUGGGCUCGUACGCGGAUUUUGGGACCUUUAGACCGAAUAUCCUAAUCGUACUGUCGCUCAUUGCGUGGGGAAUAGGUUUUGGAUGGCUGGGUGUGCAUACCGAAAACGACUGGCAUAUCGGACUAGGACUCUACAUUGUAGGUCUGAUCGCAUACCAAUUAUGUCUGACAUACUGGACCGCUGCUUUCCCUGGAUUGGCGCGGAACACGAAAGAGCUACGAGAAAGAGCAACACAGUUCGAGAAUGGAGAUCUCACUAGGGAAGAGUACGAUUUCGCGGAUAGUAUGAAACGCAAUGAAUUGAGCAAUACGGCUUUCUACGUUCAGAGUGUCGCCGAAGUGGGGAUAUUGGCCGUCAUCGUGGGCAUUUUGUUCGGUCUGAACGUCAACGCUAGUACGGCGAAUAACAAUUGGGGUCUUUCGGUCCUCGUCGCUUUCGCUACGGGAGUCUGGAUUCUUGUUGCUAUGCCAUGGUUCUGGCUUGAGAAACGCCGUCCUGGCCAGGACCCGGGGAUGAAUAUUGUCCUAGCAGGAUCCUGGCAAUUAUUCCGUGCUCUCAAGGAAGUCUGGCAACUUCGACAAUCGCUCUUCUAUCUCAUUGGGUACUUUCUGCUCGGAGAUUCUCUAAACACGACCGUCACGGUGAUUGCGACCCUCCAGAAUGAAAUCGUGGCAUACAACACCUUGCAGCUGACGUAUCUGCUCAUUGUCGGGAUCGCGGCGCAAGCGGUGGGGAUUCUCGCAUACUGGAAUCUGCAGAAACGGUUCCAGCUGUCCACGAAGACGAUGUUCAAUGCGGUGGCAGUGGGCAUUAUCUUGCUGGAUGGAUGGGGCAUGAUUGGAAUCUGGACGAACAAGUUUGGAUUUCAUAACACCUGGGAAGUCUGGGUAUAUCAAGCUUUCUACGGAUUGUUUGUUUGUCCGUGGUAUUCCUACUCACAAACGGUAAGCCAUCCCUCCUACACUCCCUGACCCUCUCCACGCCAACCCUUCCUUUCACAGAUGAUCUCCGAAGUGACCCCACGAGGGAAAGAAUUCCUCUUCUUCAGCCUCUUCUCCAUCAUCGGCAAGACUUCCUCUUUCAUCGGUCCGUUCAUCAGCAGCGCCAUCAUCGACGAUACGGGAAACAAUUCCUCGCCGUUUUAUUUUUUGUUUGCUUUGAGUUUGGCUAGUUUUCUGUUCUUGUUGUUCUUUGUGGAUGUUAAGAAGAGUCGGGUGGAGCAGGCGGCUUUCUUGGAGAAGGAAAGGGUUGCGAAGGAGAAGAAUAAGGGGACGGAGGGGGAGAGCAGGUUGGAAAAGGGGGGUUGA